AUGGGGAAGAUGAGCUUUGAUGAGACUUUUCCACCCAUAAGAAUGCAGACAAAAUUGUUGCAUUGCCUGGUGCAGUCCUGUUUCCUUGAGGGUGCACUGGAACGGGAAAAUGUCCAGAAGAGGACGUUUACCAGAUGGAUAAACCUGCAUUUGGGAAAGUGCAAGCCUCCCCUGAAAGUGCGAGACUUGUUUAUUGACAUACAAGAUGGCAAAAUCUUGAUGGCGCUGCUGGAAGUCCUGUCAGGACAAAAGCUGAUGCACGAAUACAAAUCUUCAACCCAUCGCAUUUUUCGUUUGAACAACAUAGCCAAAGCACUUAAGUUCUUGGAGGACAGUAAUGUAAAGCUUGUUAGCAUUGAUGCAGCAGAAAUAGCAGAUGGAAAUUCCUCUCUGGUACUUGGACUAAUAUGGAAUAUAAUCUUGUUUUUUCAGAUCAAGGAGCUGACGGGUAACCUCAACAGGAACUCGUCCUCCUCCAGCCUGUCCUCCGGGCCCAGCGGUCCCGAGUCAGACACGUCCCACCCCAGCACUCCCAGCGUGGAGAGGAGCAUGUCCAUCACAGUGAAGGACCAGCGGAAAGCCAUCAGAGCCCUUUUAAUCUGGGUUCAGAGGAAAACCAGAAAGUACGGUGUUGCAGUUCAGGACUUUGCCAGCAGUUGGAGGAGCGGCCUCGCUUUCUUAGCUGUCAUAAAAGCAAUAGACUGUACUUUGGUGGACAUGAAGCAAGCGCUGGAGAAAUCGGCUCGAGAAAACCUGGAGAAUGCUUUCAGCAUAGCACAGAAUAAGCUGGGUGUUCCUCGGCUCCUCGAACCAGAAGAUAUCAUGGUGGAGUCACCUGAUGAGCAGUCAAUUGUGACAUACGUGGCACAAUUCCUGGAACACUUCCCGGAGCUGGAAGGGGAAGACUUUACAGAUCCUGACAAGGAGCUUCCAAUUGAGUCCACUUAUGUCCGCAUCAAAGACACACCUUCAGAAAAGGAAGGCAAAAUCUUGAUUUUAAGUGAAAGCAAAGAAAACAUGUAUACCGUUAAUCACGAAAGGAGUCAUCCUGCUCCUCCAAAGGUUCAUAUUCAUGACACCCCUGAGAGAAUCCCAUCAGAAACCGUUCCGGAAAAUUGUAAUGGGAAAUUGAGUCAAGUGUUCGGCGACUCACAGGAAAUGUCUGCAGAGGAGCCUCAGAGGCCAACCUCACUGCACAUCACAGGAUCGGUCAGUUUUGAAUCCAGUUCCUCUUGGGAGGUCCUCAGUGACAAAUUCAUGGCAGGUGAAGGGGGCAUAGCUGAUGAUCUGCUGAAGCAGAAUGAUGACCUUUCUCCAGCUGCUCUGAGAGAUCAGAAAAAUUCUGUAGACUCUUUUGAAGACUACUCUGAAGAAUUAACUAAAGAAACCUCUACUGAAUAUGACAACGAAACCAAGAGCCUUUCAGCCAAUACUUCUUCUUUGAGUCCAUUGUCCUGGACUUCAGGUAUACUUACAGAUGAAUCUAUAAAUAGAGCAGAAGAGACCAAACCCCAGACUUCAAUUCUUUUACCAGAAGAUACCUCAAAACAAGAAGAUACGCAAAAGUAUGUUCUUAAUCUUCUGAAUGAGGAAAUACUGAAAACUCCACAAAAUGAACACACGAAGCAAUCGCCUGUCUUUGAGACAAUAGAAACCAACCACUGUUCACUGAAUGGUUCUCAUCUCAAAAGCCAAGAAGUAUCCCCACAGCAUGAAACAUCUGAUGACUCUCUCUCAGACGUACCCAAAAAUACAGAGGACCUGGACAGCUGUGAUGAAGUUGAGCCUUCAGCUGAAGUGCUACCCAGUUCUUCAAAAGUAUCUGUGAUACCCCAUGAUCUCUUUUAUUAUCCACAUUAUAAUGUUCCCAUAUCAGCAGUUCUGAACGCUUACCUUGAGCCUUCUAUUGAAGAUUACGACACUGGAAGUGACAAAGCUUCUUCUGAAACUGCAACAGAUGUUUUACAUGAGAAGGGCUUACCAGAACAGAACUGCAAGGAAGAUGCUCCAGAGCCAGACGUAGGGAAUACCCCAAGUGUGCCUCCAUCAGAAACAGAUACUGAGAACGACAAGGAGGAAAAAGCAGAUAUUAACAGUGACAUGAAUUCUUCCGAUGAAACAGAUGUGCCAUUAACAGCAGAGGAAGAGCUAGAAGUGGAAGAAGAUGACAAAAAGGCCACCAACCAUCAAGAUCCCACUAUUCCCCAACACCUUGAGGCCAUAGACGACCAUCCAGAGGAUUUAGAGACAGCCAUAAAGACACCAGAAAAAAGUAGCAAUGGGGACGAAAAAGGGAAGCACAUGAUCGAAGAAGAAGACUUGCAGAUCUCAGAAGCUGACAAUCCUACUCUGUCUCAAGAUAUACUGGAAGAAAUUGCUGAUUAUCAGGAAUUUACCAGGAAGAAAAAUGACUUGGAAGCAAGCGAGACUCCAGCUCCAACUCCUGAGAUUACGACGACUGUUGAGCAGCCAGAGCUAUUUUACUUCAUUAUUUUGUCCUGGGUGCUGAUCUACUGCCUUUUAGUCCUUCCACAGCUUUUUAGCAACAAAGUUUGA